AUGAAGAAACGGCUUUCGCGAUUGCUGGGCCCGCGAAGCCACUCAAACCCUCAUUUGCCAGCGCAGAGUGGAGACAGCGAAUUUGAGGUCUCCUCUCUCCCCCCUUCAGGGGAUGAAUCUUGCACAAAACCUCCAGGGCCGGGGCGCAAGUUAUUGGGCAAGGUGAUCAACCGUUCCACUCGAAGCGCUCGACAAUCUCCGAUCCCUGAACCCACGCCUGCAAGUUCCGGGGCACAGGAUCCCAUACCCACUCAGACAACUCAGGAUCAUUCGACGCUCACCGUGGCACCCGCUCCCAAACAGGCUUCUGAUGCCCGCCCUGCGAACAUCAGACGCUCUUAUCUAUGUUUCGAUAAUGUACUAAGUUCCGUCAUCAGGCCGAACAACUUGACCCGAAGUUUGUAG